AUGAAUCGUACACUGUCAGAUACAACAAACUUCACUCAAUUAUUUGAGCCCUUAGUUGCUGUUUUUCCUCAACGUGUUAAUCUUGACAAUUCUUUUUUGGCAUUCAGUCUUGAUUCAUCAACAUCUUCGGGACAUAUGAAACCAGCAUUAGAAAGUCAUCCGUUGAUGAUGACAACAUUCAUUUCAUUGUAUACACUAAUCUUUUUCUUUGGCAUAAGUGGAAAUUUUCUUGUUGUCCUCGUCGUAUGUCGAAACAAAACCAUGCAAACAGUUACUAAUGUAUUUAUCACAAAUUUAGCAUUUUCCGAUAUUCUAAUGUGUUGCCUAGCUGUACCAUUUACCGCAAUAUCAGCCUAUGUGCCUAGUUGGCAUCUUGGACGUAUUUUAUGCCAUAUUGUACCAAUGUCAUUGGGAAUAUCGGUUUAUGUAUCAACGUUAACAUCAUUAGCUAUAGCUGUGGACAGAUAUUUUGUUAUUGUUCAUCCAUUUCGUUCAAGAAUGAGAUUAGGCGUUUGUAUUCUAUUAAUUAUUGUUAUCUGGAUUGUGGGCAUAUCAAUAUCGUUACCAUUAGCUAUCUACAUGAGAUUUGAUAAAGGGAAAUGUGGGGAAUACUGGCCUCAACAUACAUCACGACGUUUUUUCAAUUUUUCCUCAUUAAUUCUUCAAUAUUUGAUACCAUUCAGUGUUAUUUCCUUUAGCUAUUACAAAGUAUGGUUAGCACUGGCUCGCCGUCGUUUACCAGGUCGAACACGUGUCAAAGAAGAAAUAGAAAUUUGUCGAAAAAAACGAACUAAUCGGAUGUUAAUUGCAAUGGUUGUGAUAUUUGCUAUAUGUUGGCUCCCAUUGAAUAUUGUUCAUAUGGUAUCAGAAUUUCAUCGUCAAGAAUUAAAAAACAACUAUACAACAUUAUUUUUGACUACCCAUGUUAUUGCUAUGAGCUCAACAAUUUAUAAUCCAUUUUUAUAUGCUUGGUUAAACGAUAAUUUUCGUAAAGAAUUUCAACAAAUUGUUCCAUGGUUUUUUAAGCUAUUUGUAUGUUGUAAUAAUCAACGUACACUUACUGUAUCAGAAGGGGAGUACUAUGACCGUCCAUCAACAUUCCAGUUGCCACCAGAAUCAACAAUGGCCACUGGUCUAUCAGCAAAGAAAGAUGACAAUUUACAUAUGAUUAGUGAAAAAGAAAAUGGAUCAACAUUUAUACCAAAAGCAGCCAUCAUAGCCACACUAGACAAGGGAAAAAAAUUAAAAAAGUUUUCGAGAAAAACAUCAGCUGGUAGUGAUUCACCAUUUAUUCAUGUAUCAAUACCACCAUCAUCUUCAAUACCUUUAUUACAAUCGGGACCAAGUUCAGUUUCUAACAAUGAGACAAGUCGAACACGAAUACUGCCGUUUGAUGAAGUCACAACACAACAAAAAGUGCAUGGUAUCAGCAAAAAAUCAAAGAGGGAACACAGACAAUGA